AUGGGUGGCGUUCCGUAUGGAUCCAAAGGCUGCAAUACAUGCCGCCGACGGAAGGUCAAGUGCGAUGAGAAUAAGCCAGAGUGCAUACGGUGCCUGAAGAACGGCCACGUCUGUACCGGGUAUGAGAGGAAUCAUGUUUUCAUUCACAACACAACUGACACGAAGGUUCUGGCUCAGCGGCCUCGAGGGCGGCCCCAUGAAAUUGUUGUCAAAAAAGUAGCAGCGACAUCAUCCCCAGUCGAAGUGGAUACUGAUGUCCCCCGCUUCAAUGUCAACGUGCAAGUUAGGACACAAGUCGUGGCAAACUUUAUUGAUUUGUAUGCGCCAUCGGCGCUGGUUUAUGAUGGCAAAUCUGGAACAUUCAUGCAUCUUCAGGAUACCUUCCCAAUAUUCAUUGGGAGAACUCCGGUCCUUGAUAAGGCUGUGACAGCGCUGAGCUCUGCCUUUCUGGCCAAGCGGAACCAAGAUUACCAGCUGCUGUCGUACAGCACACGGCUCUAUGGAGAAUCUUUGCAAAUCGUGCAUCGAAGGAUUCAGACCGGGCGCCAUUGCAGUCAGGACUUCUUAUUUGCUACGGUCAUCUUCCAGUUGUACGAGUUAAUCAAUGCUUCACCAUUGGGAUUCCAAGCGUGGCUGGCCCAUGUGCAGGGAAGCAAUGCGAUUUUAUCUCAACAUGCCAGUCCCAGCCCGCCUUCAGUGACAGAUCAUCUGUUUUGGCGUCAACUGAAAUUCGCCACGAUCUGUGAUGCUGUUGGGAAACGCAAAUCUGUCUACUCGUACAGUCCCUUCUGGCGACAUCCGUCACUGGAUAAUCCAUGGCGGGAACCUAUUGAUGACAUCCAAGACUUCCUCAUUGAAUGCUCCGCCCUCAUGGAACAAGUCGACGAACUGAUACAGCGGGGAAAUCCAGGCUUGCAGGAUGAUAUACAUACCGGCGAGCGGUUAUGUCACAGUUGCCUAUUAUUGAAGGAUAAACUUGACACCGGCUUUGGUGAGAUGCAAGCGAAAUUGGGUAUUCCUUUUUCUUCUCCCGAUCAAAGGUCCUUCUGGAGCGAACUGGAUGACUCCAUACCAAGCGAUCUAUUUCCGGAUGCUAUCGAAUAUCCCUCCAUCAGCUGUGCACAGACACACUUACUUUGGUGGACUACGUAUAUUUUGGUCUAUCCCUUGAUUGAUCAAUUAUUCGUCUUUCUUAAUCGAACUCGCAGCAAUGUCUCCUUUACUUUGUGGACGGUUCCAACAUCAUCGUCGCCCACAAACACUCCAUCCUAUACAAGAACAGCCGACCUUCCAGAUGACCUCCUCGAAGUUGCUGAGCAUUACGCAAACUUGAUUUGCCGCUCAGCGAAAUUCCUUGCACAGCCCGGAACAAAGGGCAUGGGCGCUCAGGUUAUGCUUGCUCCAUUUAGUCAAGCCACCCAGUUCUACCAUAGUCAGGAAGCCACCGAUAAGCACCGAUGGUGCCAGGCAGUAUUCAUGGUUCUUCCCCGACUAGGAUUCGGAAUGGCGUCUUUUAUGAAGGAUCUCAUCUGGCCUAAAUACGAAGCUGCCACAAAGAGGACUCCCACCCCUUCGCCUCAGUCCCAAAGUGAUCAGGAUUCCACGCCUUGA